CUCUAUUCCCGACAACGACAUUCCCCGCUAACGAAUCCAACAGCCAUUCUCGUCGUUUCGAUGCUCAUCCUGAGCUGGUCACCCACCAAAAUCUCUUGUCUCUAAAGCAGACCUGUGACGAAUACUUCAUGGAGCUGUAAAUAAGUGUUUGGCUGCUGAAGUUUGCUUGUUUCUUUGUGCACAUCGCUAACAAAAAUGGGAAUUAAUGGCUUACUCCCUUUGUUGAAAUCUAUUCAUAAACCUUGCAAUCUCAAGAAGUUUGAGGGUAAAACCAUUGGGGUAGACGCGUAUGGCUGGCUUCACCGUGGGACUGUGGCUUGUGCCAUGGAACUUGCACAGGGCAAGCAGACCAGAAAAUUCGUCGAUUUCGCCAUGCAUCGAGUUCGAAUGUUGCAGCAUUUCCAUGUAAUUCCCUACAUUAUCUUCGAUGGAGAUUACCUUCCCAGCAAGGCCGCGACUGAGGCAGACCGAGCGAAGCGACGAGAGGAGAGCAAAAAGGCAGGCUUAGAGCUGCUGGGUGCCGGAAAGGCCUCACAGGCUUAUCUCGAGUUCCAGAAAGCCGUCGACGUUACGCCAGAGAUGGCCCGUCAGCUGAUCGAAGAAUUGAAGAAGUCCGGAGUCCAAUAUAUCGUAGCACCAUACGAGGCCGACGCUCAGAUGGUCUAUCUCGAGAGAAAAGGCAUUAUAGACGGAAUUCUUUCCGAGGACUCUGAUCUGCUUGUCUUCGGUGCCAAGUGUCUGUUGACAAAGCUGGAUAAGUAUGGAAACUGUAUCGAAAUCAACCAGGCAGACUUUUGUGCUUGUAGAGAGAUCAGCUUGACGGGCUGGUCCGACACGGAAUUUCGACAGAUGGCAAUAUUGAGUGGUUGCGAUUAUCUCGCCAGUAUUAAUAACAUGGGGCUGAAGACAGCUUACCGAAUGGUGCGGAAACACAAGACAAUCGAGAAAGUUAUUCGGAUGUUGCAGUUCGACGGAAAAUUUCUUGUUCCGAAUGGCUACCUCAAGGCUUUCUAUCGGGCCGAGCUCACCUUUCUUCACCAAAGAGUGUUUUGUCCGAUUGCCCAAACCUUGGUCUUGCACACAGAACCUGACCACCCCAUUGAUGAUGACAAGAUGCCUUUCAUUGGAGCAGACGUGAAGCCAGAGAUUGCUCAGGGCGUCGCACGAGGAGAUCUCAAUCCAAUGACCAAGCUACCAAUCGUGGUCCCUUGGUCUUCGGCGAAGAAGAUGGUCACUUCAACCACACCUUGGUCUUCUCGUCCGAACCACCAGAGGUCAGCCAGCUCCGUCGAUCCCAAGAAAGGAAAGCCAGUCGAGAACUUCUUCAAGCCAAAGCGGACUCCUCUUGCUGAACUCGACAUUAACUGCUUCACCCCGUCACCCACCCAGCAAGAGGCUCUACGCCGGAAUUCUGGUGCGGUUUGGGCUGCUAAUCCUGCUCCUCGACCAUAUCUCCAUCGCUCUGCUCCGGAAACCGAGCAAUCACCUCAAUUAUCUCGAUCCGCACCACAAGCUGCCCAACGCCAAACCGUACGUACAGUUCGAGCACCAACCAUUUCUGAACCUCGACCUCCAAAGCGAGCUCGGCUGUGUGCAGACAUUGACAGCGUCGCGUCCCCAAGUCAGAAGCCCGCGCUCGGUCAAAGCCCUUUCUUCACUUCGGCAGCCCCAGAACCUAGUCCAACCGUAGGCAGAAAUACAAGAAGCAAGCGGUCGAAGAAGCAAGAGAUCAACAUCUUUUCUGAUGACUCGAUCGAGGAGGCCAUGCUGAGUUUGCCUGAUGUGGACUGUUUCGGAAAUACGGGACCGAAAUCGAGCAGCAAGAUUCACAUUUUUGAUGAGCAGGUUCGCAGUUGUGAUGAUGAAGCAAGCCCAGAAUGUCUCCAGAGCCAAGGAACCGACGAUCAAGCUGAAUCUCAAGACACCACUCCUAGCUUGACAACCUCCAUUUCUGUGACCAGUUCAGCUGAACAGCCACCGACCCCGAAGGAAGACAGUCCCGUCCCUACAUCAGGUCCUGCUUCGGUGGGAAUGUUUAAGUCGAGAUUUGCGUUCGGUGCAGCUGGUACCUCCACCCCGAAAUCCUAUGGCGGCGGACAAGCUUUCCCUGCACCAUCGUCGACGUCUCCUAGACCCUCCAGAAUCCCUUUGGCGGUCAAGAACAAUGUUCCGGCUUCGAAGACGUCUACGAAGGCAAACCUUACACCCCUCCAACGAUUAGGUGCCACUGCAGCAAAUCGAUUGAAAUUUCCCAUGACUCCGCCUUUGACGCCUGCCCGUUCGGUUAAGCCCAAAUCUCCUCGUCGCUCCUUGCUCAGCAAGAAUAGUGUACCAUUCCCAGAGGUCGAGAGAAAUACCAAGUCGAAGAAGAUUGAGCCAGCAGCAGUUCUCCUCCCCGCUCCCGACGAGGCAGAGAAUGUUGCACUGAGCAGGCAAGGCGGCAGUGAAGACAUGAUCAUCCAUGACAGUGAAGAGGACGAAGCCUUGUCGCCCAGCCCUGAAUACGACUACGAACUCCCCCAAAUCGAUCUCGGACGUUUCGCAUUCGUAGCAAAGGCUUGAUGGAUAUGAGACUCAUGGCUACGGAUGGCGUUGGCAGUUCUUCUGUUGUGUUGGUUCUUGACGAAUGAUGUUUCUUUUUAUAAAGCAUAGUGAAGGGAGUUACGGAUCGGUGUUUGGAGUUCCAAAGAGUAGAAAUUGAAGGUUUAUUCAUGCAUCCUUUGGGCAGCCGCUGUCUGACUCUUGUGGUUGCUGUUGAGCUUGUCAUCCGUUCAUUCUGAGAUGGCUAGCCUUUUACAGUAGCAAGCAAGAGAGACAUCAGUGGCGAGUCACACACUUCACUAAGACUACUACAAUAAAAACCAAAUUUCAC